CUGAUUGCUACAGCAAGUCUUUGAUCUCUUCCAAACCAUCACGAGAGAAAUGACGCACUGUCUAUUUCAAUUAUGGCACUAGGCGUUUAUUUCAAAUUCGUCUUUGAUUCAAAGGAGUGUAAGUAUAAUUGAUUCCAUGAUCAACAUGCUGGAGAAGUACGCUAAUAACCUGGAGGAUCUGGUGGAGGAGAGAACGAUAGCACUAAAUGAGGAAAAAGACAAGACGGACAAGCUACUGUAUCGAAUGCUGCCUCGAUUAGUAGCCAAAAAGUUAAAGCGAGGAGAAUUCAUCAUUCCUGAAGCUUUCGAAGCAGUUACCAUAUUCUUUUCCGACAUCGUUGGGUUUACCACAAUUGCCUCGAAAAUAUCGCCGCUAGAUGUCGUUGAUUUCCUAAGCGAGAUUUAUACGUUAUUUGACGACAUUAUUUCUACUUACGAUGUGUACAAGGUAGAGACGAUCGGAGAUGCCUACAUGGUAGUUAGCGGGUAACCGGAACGCAAUGGUAACGCCCACAGCGGGGAGAUAGGGGACAUGUCGCUCGAGAUUCUUCGGAGGCUGGAAAACUUCAAGCUGAGGGCCAUUCCA